GCCAUGAUGGGUGUCAGGCUGCCGCGCCCAGUCUAUGCCCGAAGUUUUGACAGGGGCACCCAAAGGCUCGGCCGAGGCGGUUCCUCGAUCUGAUUGGAUUUCGGCCAACCGCUCACCAUGAACCAGGGUGUCGAUGGAUAACCAGAGGGGCGUUCCCAUAGCACCAGGCCCUGAAUGACAGGUGAGCCAUCUCCCUAUACCUAAGGUCCCUCACCCGCUGCGGUGUGGGACAUGUCUCACCUCAUGCCCACGUUGUCUCCAAGUCAUUUAAUUUACCGCCUGUCCACACAGUGUCUCCCACGUUUGGCGUUGCACUUACAUCGCUGCUCCAAUGGAAUUCCCAAUGAAUGUUACUUCUGGGUGGAUCGGCAGGGAGGAGACGAUCACGGAUGUGCGGCCAUGCCGGCAAUCUGCCUCUGCUGCCGGUGCAAGCAUCGUCCGCAGAUUGGGAUGCAUUGAAUCGUACCAGUUAGCCCUUCAGACACUCAACCAAAUGCGCGGCAUCAUAUUGGCAUAUCGAUACAAGAUACCAACACAGCUAGCCUCUCGCACGGCAGGUCACGAGCUGGUCAGCACUUUCGAGAGAGCCGUCGCUCGCGUUGUGCUGAAACACCCGCACCUGCACGUUGGAUUGGUGGGCGAGGACACUGACAAGCCCUGCUGGGUCCGUCUCGAACGUCUGGAUCUUCGGAACCAUAUUAAGUGGCGCACUGUGGGAGGAGGUACCAGCGACUUGCAGAAGGCAUUUGUGGAUACGUCGUACCAACAACUCGAUGCCAAGUUCACCAACUACCGGACCACGCCGGGAUGGAGAAUCGAGGUCCUCCGCCAAGAGGGUGAAGAUGCCAUCGAAGUCCUCCUCGUCUUUAACCACACCAACAUGGAUGGCCGCAGCGCAAGAACGUUCCAUGAGGAUCUACUCAGAUCUCUCCACGACGAUGAUCCGGCAUUGGACAAGGGUUCUCUGAGAGAUCACGUCUUAACGCUCCCAGCGGGCUCAACUGCAUCGCUCAGUCCACCGGCAGAGAACCUGGCUCAGUUCCCCGUCGACCCUAUCGCUCUCCUCCAUUACGUACAACAUGAGGUCCGAAUGCCAGCUGAAGCUGGGUACCCAGAAACCCCCACUCAGGCACAUUGGGCCCCCAUUGCAGAAUCGCCGUUCAAGACACAGUUCCGUACCAUUACGAUCCCGAACACCAUGCUUGCCGAGCUCCUGGAGGCUUGCCGAAACAACCAAACCACACUCACCGGGCUUCUUCACGCACUGGUAUUCGUCUCGCUUACCCCUCUCCUUGGCCCAUCCGAGGCUACAGCAUUCGAGUGUAUGACAGCCAUGGAUCUUCGAUCUCUUUUGCCUGUUCAUUACCCUUCGUACCCGGGGUUCCGGCCGGCCCGGGCCGUGUCCAACUACGUGACCAUCGCCAAUCACACGUUCGACGAGGAUGUUGUUGCGCAGCUUCGCUCCAAUACCUUCGAGGCACCGGACAGCUUCCCCUUCGGCAUCCCGACGGACCUGGUGUGGACGGCAGCGAGAGAGGUGCGCCGCGACCUCGAAGCCAAGCUGAACCGAGGAGUCAAGAAUGACGUGAACGGAUUCGCCCAGGCUGUCGAUGACUGGCGCGCCCAGCUCAGCAAAGAGGCCCUGCGGCCGAGACGCUGCUCAUGGGUCAUCAGCAACCUCGGCUUGGUCGACGGUAGCCCCGGCCCCGUCUCGUCUCGGGCUGAUGAUUCGGGUACAAAGCCAGAGGCGUCUGCUUGGUCUGCUACACGUGCCCAGUUCAUCAUGUGUGCUAACGUGGUUGCUUCCGCCAUCAAUGUCUCCACUGUGAGCAUCAAGGGUGGAGACCUUGUUGUCACUUGUUCCUGGCAAGAUUGUGUUAUAGAUGCCGAUUUGGGGGAGGCCUUUGUCGCAAGUCUGGAGAGGUGGUUGGUCUUUACCUCCAGGUCUCAGGACGGGUGGUCAGCUCCAUGGGUGAAUUCGGCUCUGUAA